AUGUCUGCUUCUAGCACUGGUAACUUCCACAAGAAGGAUCUGGCCAUAGUCGAGGAAACGGCGAAGGCUGACGCUGAGGAGGCCCAAAUGGGCGCCGAGGCAGCAGCCCUCCAUACUCGACUGGCCCUGGAGCACGCCAAAGACUACAACGAUCUCUGUGACCUUCUGUCUGUGAGGGCUGAAGCUGGCUCUGCGGCCGCCACUACGGCUAUCGGCAACGGUAGUCGUAAGGAGGAGGUUCGCAUCAGCUUGCAGAUGCCCGAACGGUAUAACGGUACGACUGACUUUAGUGCUUGGUUACGUCGGUACGAGAACACUGCCAACGCCGCCGGUUGGAGCUCUGGUACUAAGGCGGCCCGCCUUGGUAUGUACCUCACUGACGAGUACUACGAGAUGUGGGAUCAGUACGCUCCCAAGGUGACCUUCGAGGAGGACAGCCGCAUCAUGUCCCAGAUGCUGGCUCGACGUCCUGCAGACGCUCUCCUGGACAACUUCCACGAUCUUCGUUGGGCACCUGGUACUAAUGUCGGCACCUUCUUGGCGAAGGCGAGGCGCAUGCUCACUGAGUACAAUAAGAAGCUUACUGAUGAGAAGAAGCUAUCCGAUGGUUCUCUAGACCAGAUGAUUCUCAACAAGCUCAUCGCGCUCGCCCCAGCCGCGGCUAAAGCGGAGCUGAGAAGACGCCAGCCUUCGAAAAUCGAAGAGAUGGUCGACAUUAUCAGUGACUAUACACCUGCCAUGGAGAUGACUUCGGCUUCCAGCCCCGCUCUGCAACAGGUGGAAGCCAAGCUCCAGAAGGUCUUGGCAGCGGUGACUACACAGACCCCCAAUACUAAUGCCACCAUCCAACAGAUGGUCGAGAAGAUCCAAGAUUUAGAGAAACGACUUGCUGGACAACAACGACCUUCGUUCCGUCGUCCUGGUGUCUGUGGUAUCUGCCGUGGUCCCCAUGCCACGAAGGACUGUGCCCAGAAGAAGUUCUCUACCGGUUGUUAUCUGUGCGGAGGCGACGGACAUUUAGCCCGUAGCUGCCCCACUAGACGAGGUGACGGCUCUAAGGCCGGACCUUCGUCGUCGGGAAACUAA